AUGGCAUGUUGGUUAGAACAGCCAACUUCAAAUAAAGAAUUUUGUGAUGCUAUCGACGAAAUAAUGAAACAGGAACGUGAAGAUGUUAUUUUACUCGAUGAUACUCUUUCAUCUGGAGCACAUUUAGAACUUGAUCUUGAUUCAAUAUCCGAUUUACUUGAAACUCCAUCAACAGCUCCAACUACUACAGCAUCAGUUGUGUCACCAAUAUCCCCCUCAUCAACAACAGAUUAUAGUCAACCAACAAAUAUUUAUGAUAUGACAUCAACAUCACAUACAUCAUAUCCCAUUAAUAAUAAUAAUAAUAAUAAUAAUAAUAAUUCACAAUCAAAUUCAACAACAUCAUCUUAUUCGGUGUUGGGUAUAAGUCCAAAAUUUACAACAUUAAGCAUUAAUCAACAUCAUCAUCCAUUUUCACCAUCAUCACAAGAUUCAAAUAGUUCAUCAGCAUUACUUCAAUCGUUUGUUCAAUCUCCAGUAACAAUUAAUUCAAAAAAUAGUUUACAUCCACCACCAUAUGUUCAAGAACAACAAAAUACAUCAAUUCUUGGUACAUCAUAUCCAUUUGAAUUACCAAUAAAUAAUGGUUUAUCAGAUGUUAAACGUUUUCGUUCAUCAAGUAUGAAUGAAGGGGCAACACAACAUCAAACUAAAUUAGGUCAAUAUAUUUUUCUUUUCAUGUCAUCUUUUUUACUUUCAUUUACUUUAGAUCCUCAUCUAUUCGAUCCAUAUCGUCUUAAAUUACCUUCUUAUAUACAUCCCCCGUAUUAUCAAAAUAGAACAUCAUCAACAAAUAUAGCAACAACACCUACUACAACAACAACAACUUCAUCAACAUCAUCACUUUCAAAUGAUCUAUCAUCAAAUACAGCAUGGCCAUUCGUUGGUUGUACACGACCAGCAUCAAAUUCAUUUUCAGAAGUAUUAAAUCAACAACAACUUCGUCUAAAUAAUAGUUUAUCAGCAUCUUAUGGUGGUUCACCAUCAUUUUACUCAAUUCCUCAUUCACGAAAUCAAACAGGAUUUUUACCAGAUGCUAGUUUUCAACCACAACAAACAACCAAUUGCACAUUAUAUUCACUUAAUCAACCAACAGGUGGUACUACAACUUCUCCUCCUCCUCCAUCUGUUCUUGCUCGAAAAAGAUCAUCUUUAGUUGGCUUUCCCGUUCAAGAAAUAAAAGAUGAUCCAAGUAGUCCAACUGGGACAAUUGAACAACAAAGUGAACCUGAUCUUUGGUCGGAUAUAGAACAAAAUUCUUCUGAUCAUAUGCAAGAUGAUGAUAUUGAAGAUGAUGAUAUAACCAGUGAUGAUGACACAACAACAGUAUCAAGUACUUAUAAUAAGGAUUCUGAUACAAAGUUAUCACAAUCACAUCCAAAUGCUUCAUCACUUUUUUGGCAAUAUAAUGUUCAAGCUAAAGGACCGAAAACAAAACGAAUACUCUAUUUAAAAGAACGUGAUCCACAUCUUUUUCGAGAAUUUAGUGAUCCAGUUUAUCAAAUAAAAUUAACACAAACAAAAGGUCAAACAUUUACUAAACUUCGAAAAGGUGAUGGAAAUGAUGUAACACCAAAUCCAGUGAAACUCUAUCAACUUGGAAAACAAAUACGAGAUUUAACAGCAUGUGUUGGCAAAACAAAUGCGAAUACACAAUCAGUUUAUCAUGGAAUUUAUCAUGUUGAUCAACAAACAAAUAAUAAUGAUACUGCUGAAGUUAAAAAAGAAAAAAAUAAAAUUGCUAGUCGAGCUUGUCGACUUCGUAAGAAAGCACAACAUGAAGCAAAUAAACUAAAAUUACACGGCUUGAAUGAAGAACACAAAACAUUAAUUGACUUAAUCAUAUCUAUAAAAUUACUUAUACUCAAACGAUAUCAUAAUGGUCAACUUGCUUCUCCAUCAUCCUCACCAAAUCAAUCACUUGAAGCUGCAUUAGAACAAUUGAUUGCGAAUAAAUACAAUAAACCAGUUGCUGGCAAUACUGAUGGUUUUGUUCAAGGAAUUAUUAACGAUAUGGAACAGUUGUAUGCUUCAAAACAACAACGAAGCAAUAGUCUUAAUACAUAA